GGCCUCAACCUCAAGGCAUCAGCCACGCCGCCUGGAGCAAGCUUGCUGCAGUGCUGCGCCGCGGCACUCGCCAUCUCCGAGCGGCCGAGCCACUCCGGAGAGCUCGAUCAGCAGACUCGACCGCCGGGAGGCGCGAGCAGCGAAGGGAGAGCGGAGGAGAUGGGCAGGGCGCCGUGCUGCGAUAAGGCGACGGUGAAGAAGGGGCCGUGGGGGCCGGAGGAGGACGCCGUGCUCAAGGCCUACAUCGACGAGCACGGCGCCGGCGGCAACUGGAUACAGCUCCCCCACAAGAUCGGGUUGAACAGGUGCGGCAAGAGCUGCCGGCUCCGGUGGCUCAACUACCUCCGGCCCAACAUCCGGCACGGCGGCUUCACGGAGGACGAGGACAGGCUGAUCUGCAGCCUCUACAUCAGCAUCGGGAGCAGGUGGGCAACCAUCGCCGCGCAGCUUCCGGGAAGGACGGACAACGACGUCAAGAACCACUGGAACACCAAGCUCAAGCGGCGCCUGCUCGGCGGCGGCCGGCGGCCGAGGGCGGAAACGCGCCUCCAGCUCCUCUCGAGCCCAGCAACCUGGCAGCAGAACUCCUUCGCCUCGUCGGCGCUCGAGAGGAUGCAGGUGAGCAUGCGUCUGCACCGGCGCCACCACCAGGCUCGCCUCGACAGCCCGGCGGCCUUCACCUUGCACAACUACGGCAACAUCAGCGCGCCGCUGUGGCCGAGCCCGUCCCCGUCGCCUUCUCCUUCACCGACGGCGAGUGAGAGCUCGGAGAUGCGGCCGCGGCAGCUACCAGGUGCAAUUUCCACCGGUUACUCCGGCCUCUGGUCUCACAUGCCGAGCAGCUUCAGUUAUGCAUGCGCUGGAGUGCAAGAGAACACGGACGGCACCUGCACGCCGCCGCUGUCGACGAGCAUCGGGGAGACGAUAACGGCGGCGGGCGUGGAGAGCUCGAGCUCGACGCCGACAGCAAGCUCCGCCUCAGCAACAUUUGGCAGUAUGGACGAUGAGAUCGACAUGCUGCUCCGGCAGAUUCAGUGCUUCGUGGAGAACGGCCAAAUCGGCGACGAGGCGGUGGACGGCAUAGACGGAUGCUUCAGAGCAAUGGAUCAUGAGGCGUUGGACGGCGGCGUUGGUUCUUGGAGCUCCUGCUCGACUCCUGGAGUGGAUUCAGUGUUCCAUGACUACGUGCAAGGGUACAACCAGUGCUAGAAGCCUUGCAGAGAGGCGGUACGGUAGUAGCACGUGUUAGAUUUAUCUGGUAGAUUGAUGAAAUAAUGCUUAUUUUUGUGAACGUGUGAUAUGGUUGCGAGAACAUAGAGUUUCAGGCUGAAUAUAUAUCAUGGUGCAUCAUUGGGUAUGUGAGUAUGUAGUAUGUACAUCAUAGUUCAGUAGUUUUCUUUUCUUAAGAUUUAAAUAUCGUUAUAUGUGUGUUGUCAAUGCUGGUGUGAAGAUCAGCCUUCUUGUGAAUGAUCAAUGCCGGAACUCAUCCAUAUUCUAAAAAAAA